UUUCUGUUUUGAAUACUUUCUGCAUGACUAAUUAAUGUCCCGCAAUACACUUAAAGUCGUGCUGUUAAACCUCAGCCUGUGUGUGUGCAAACUGCCCUUCUUCAGCGUUUUUAUCUCGGAAUUCUCAGGAAUGGAGGGGGCACCGCCUGUUAUCUAAAAGCCACUUAGCCGAGCUGAGAUGUGAUGUCACGGGCUGGAAAUACGUGGGGGAUUUUUGAGCUCAGCCUGCCGGGACACAGACGUGAGUUGGCUGUGAUAAACCUCAUUAACGUGCCGAAAACCUGCGAGGGGCAGAGAUAACAAAGCUCUGGGGAAGGCGGCAGGGGAUGAAGCCCCGCAGCCCCGGAGCUCUGCUCGGGUGAUGCUUCCCGGGGCUCCCGGCAAGAGAGGAAAACGGGAAUAAAUAAUCCCACAGGCUGGGAUGUUUGUGGUUCACUCUGGGAUGGUGCUCGCAGAAUUCCUUUCCUCCUCCUCUGCUGACUCCCUGUGCUUUUGAGCUCGUCCUUUGCUAUACAUAGAUUUUAUUUUAUUUUUUUUUUCCCUUUCUGGAACAAAGCCGAGCAGGAUAACCCGCUGAUUGUUUGAUGCGUCCACACCAGCGCGGAAUAAAAUCUCUUUUUUAAUGAAGCACGAAGGAAAGCCGGAGCUCAGCACAAUUCCCUGCCCGCCGGAGAUCCUAAUCUCGCCUUGCCAGGCGAGCAGAGCGGGCACUGCCGCUCCAUGAGCCGGCGAGCCCAGCCUGCUCCUGCAUCCCUGGAUUCAGCAUCCCUGGAUCCAGCAUUCCCGGCUCCAGCAUCCCUGGAUCCAACAUUCCCGGCUCCAGCAUCCCUGGAUCCAGCAUUCCCGGCUCCAGCAUCCCUGGAUCCAGCAUUCCCGGCUCCAGCAUCCCUGGAUCCAGCAUUCGCGGCUCCAACAUUCCCGGCUCCAUCAUUCCCAGCUCCAUCAUUCCCAGCUCCAUCAUUCCCAGAUCCCUCAUUCCCAGCUCCAUCAUUCCCAGCUCCAUCAUUCCCGGAUCCCGCAUUCCCGGCUCCCGGGCUGCCCCGGCCGCCGAGGGAACGAUGGAAAAUCCCUAAACCAGCGCCUGGAAAAUCCGUGCGGCAAAGGUGGGGAUUCUCGGCCGCCGCAUGAGCAGGUCCUGGCCGGGCCAUGGCCUGGCCACCGGGGCUGCUGCUGCUGCUGCUGCUGCUGCCCGGCCGCGCUCCGGCCGCGCGGAGCCGCGACUUCACCGCCAAGGACAUCGUCUACCUCCACCCCUCCACCACGCCGUAUCCUCGUGGAUUUAAGUGUUUCACCUGCGAAAAGGCCUCGGAUAAUUACGAGUGUAACCGCUGGGCUCCGGAUGUUUACUGCCCCAGAGGGACGAGGUACUGCUUCAGCCAGCACAUGAUGAGGGCCAGCGGGGAGAGCGUGUCGGUCACCAAGCGCUGCGUGGCCCUGGAGGAGUGUCUGAGCACGGGCUGCACCUACAUCAGGCACGAGGAGUACAAGGUGUGCACGUCGUGCUGCGAGGGCAGCAUCUGUAACCUGCCGCUGCCGCGGAACGCCUCGGACGCCGUGUUCGCCACGCUGGCCCCGCUCGGAGCCGCCCCGGGCCCGGCCGGGAUCGGGAUCGGCACCGGCACCGGUACCGGGAUCGGCAUCGGCAUCGGGAUGGCGCUGCUGGCACCGCGCUGGCUCGCCAGGGCCACCGCGGCGGGACAGUGACAGGGACAGUGACAGGGACAG